AUGCCCCAUCACCCCUCCUGCCACCACCGCCGCCGCCUCCUCCAGCAGUGCUCUAGCAGUUGCUAUGGCAACCCAGCCGGAGAAGAGCACCUCUGAGCAUCGCUGCCGCAUCUGUCAGAGGUCGUUUCCCGGGCAACAGGAGCUGCUGGUUCACUUCCAGGGUCAUCGCCAAGGCAACCAGUACCGGUGCGACCGGUGUGGCCACCUGACGCGGACAGCCAACAAGCUGGUGGAGCAUGUCCGCGUGCACACGGGGGAGCGGCCGUUCACCUGUGACCUCUGCCCCUACAGUGCCAAGCGGCGGGACAGUCUGCGUCUGCACUGCAAGGUCAAACACGCCGCGCACGUCAGCGGGAACGCGGCGGACGCGCCCGGCGAUGUUCACACACACCGGUCGUACGUGCAUGGAGACAAUCAGCGUUCAAACAAACACGUUCAGCGGCUGCACACACCGCUCAACACACACACUGCUGCUCCCUCCUCCUCCUCCCUUCCUCCUCUUCAUCCCUUGCUCUCUGACCGGGCAGGAUGGAGGGAUUUGUCUCCUCUCCUCCCCAUCACAACACUCAUCUCUCUGAAACCUCGCUCUCCUCCGUCACCCUCCUCUUCCUCCUCCUCCACCAAACACUCAUUUCUCUGUUACCUUGGUCUGACAACUUCUUUAUAAGCAUUCUUUGCCCUCCUCUGCUCUCGUCUUCACUCCAUUUCUUGUUUCCUCUACUCUUCCAUCCUAAUUUCUUUACCUCCCCCUCUUUUCUAUUUCAUUUCUCCUCCUUUGACCUUCUUAUUUUCUCAUUUCCUUUCUUCUACUAUUUUCU